AUGUCAAUGCACCUGCAGAAAUGCAAUCCGCUUUUUUCCAUACUUGUCGGCCUGUCUGCUACGCUAGUGUUAAUUGGUUUGGCCUCGAGCACCUUCGUUCCUUUCCAGACAACGGCCGCGGACUGGGAAUUGAGGGGGCCCCUUAAGUCGUGUGAUGCCCGAGCCGGCGACAACGUCGAGGUCCUUGUGGCAGGCGUGUCACGCACCGGCACAAGUUCCAUGCAGGAAGUGCUACAGAGGCUCGGCUAUCACACGACGCACUGGCAGGGCUACAUGUCCCGAUAUUUUGAAUUCAUAUCGUACUUCUACAGCGGCUCCAUCGCGGACCCCGAUCUGCAGAAAGUCUUCCAGGACAUUCCUGGCAAGGGCGCUUUGCUGGACAUUGUGGUUCCCGCGCUUUUUGAUGACCUGAGGUGCACAUACCCCAAUGCAAAGGUCAUUCUCACAACAAGGGCGCCCGCUUCGUGGCUCAACAGCUACGAGGCCUAUGUGGCCUCAACCUGGGUCUACCACUGGACCCGGUAUCCAGGCUUGCAGUUGCUGAGCCACGUGUCCAGAGCCUUGCGCUUGGGGAACAUCUUGCGCCAACUGUCGCUGAUGCAACCCCAGUCUGGACUUGACCUGGACCUUCUGCCGGAGCUCUCCGAAGUUUUCCGCAGGAGUGAUGAGGUCAUGUUUGGCUCGUGGGAACCGAGCUGGUUUCACAUCAAGAAGAGGCAGAGGUAUGAGGACCACGUCAAGGCCACAGUGCCACCGGAGCAGCUCCUAGUCUUUGACGCCAGCGCCGGAGACACAUUGGGAAAGCUGGGUCAGUUCUUGAAUGUGUCCGCCGGGCAAGGUGCGUUUCCUAAGCUUUUCCACAAGGUAGCCUUGAGCAGUCAAGGCACUCAGGCAGGAAUUGUGCGCCACAACGCCGUGAU